UGGAUAUGUUACCAUUCGCUGACAGCCUGUUAUUGAUAAACUCGCAGGUCUCACGCAUGGAGACACAGUAUAUGAACUCCUAUUGACGAACAGUCGCGACCAGACCUCCGCAUGUCCUUCAGCUGAGCGCAACGACCCGGCUAAUUUGGUCAGCAGUAAUCCAUUGCUAUACGACGAAAUGAUUCUCUGCAUCUUGAGAUAUGCCUUGAUUACAGCUGGAAUUCUUAGUGCUCUAUAUUGUACACUUCUAGGUCUUCUCACGACAUCACGGUUUCAAGCACAUGUGGUAUACUUGCACGCCAUACAAAUGACUUGGGGAAAGGACCUCGAUGUCCCAGAAGUUUUUGGCUUCCUUCACAACCAGGUCACUCCGUUUGAGAUCGAGUCUGCAAGCGGCAAGGCAUUGUACGCCUGGCACGUCCUGCCUGUAGAACUGUACAGGCAACACGAGCAGAAACUUCGGACACAACCAACUGGGCUUUCACCAAACAUCACAUCUCAACUUGCGUUCCAAUUGCUUCGCGAUGACCCUGACGCUCUGCUGGUCAUCCACUUUCACGGAGCUGGCGGUACCGUGGGAUCAGGAUAUCGCUGCCCGAACUAUCGAGCACUUUCAGCUGGUCGACCUGACAAGCUUCAUGUUUUGACAUUCGAUUACCGUGGCUUCGGGCGAAGCGCUGGCAUACCCACUGAAAGCGGGCUUAUCGUUGAUGCCUUGUCUGUCGUCGAAUGGGCCAUGAAUGUAGCAAGAAUUCCACCAGCACGCAUACUCAUAUACAGCCAAUCUAUGGGUACAGCUGUCAAUAUGGCUGUCGCUGAACGUUUUGCCUUGCAAGAGCCACCGGUCGUAUUUGCUGGGCACAUUCUGACUGCUCCAUUCGUCGACGUAAUCACUCUCGUUUCUACCUAUAGCGUAGCUGGAACCAUCCCCAUUCUCGGACCCAUAGCCAAGGUUCCGGUACUCUUCAACUAUCUCCGCAGAUACAUCUACGACAAAUGGUCAACCAAAGACCGAAUUGCCUCAUAUAUCAAGGCCAACGAGGUCAACAGACGCAAAUAUUGUAUCACCCUUAUUCAUGCCGAGGAUGAUUAUGAUAUUCCUUGGACAUACACUCCUCAACUAUUCUGGCAUGCUAUCAGCGCGACCAGACCGACAGGCAUCGGCUUUGGAGAGCUUGAGCUGCUCAAAUCCAAAGCUCGGAUUGACAAUGGUCCCGCAGGCAGUGUUGUUGAAUGGAAAACUGAAUGUGGCAUCAUCAGAGAGGAGAUAUUGAAAUAUGGUCUGCAUGAUGUGAUUAUGGGUAACCCGAUCAUAUCUUUGGCUGUCAUGCGAAUCUUCAACCCAUAGAAUCCGUAGAUAGACAUUUAACAUAGACACGGUUAGGAAAAGAC